AUGUUCCAUGUUAAAUCUCACCUUGUCUACCUGCCUCUUUUCAUUUCCUGUCUUUUCAGCUGUCAAGAAAUGGAGACCCCUUCUGACUUCAAGAUGCCCGGGGAUCAUGUCAUUGCAGGAUUGUUCGCCAUCCACUCUGUCUUAGAAGUCAGAGGCAGACCUGAGGUGACCCUGUGUGAGAGGUCCAAGACCUUCAAUGCCCAUGGCUACCACCUCUUCCAGGCCAUGAGGUAUGCCAUAGAGGAGAUCAACAACUCCAGCUCUCUGCUUCCCAAUAUCACUCUGGGCUAUGAACUCUAUGACAUAUGUUCAAAGUCUGCGAGUUUGUAUGCCACACUGAGCAUUCUCUCCCAGCCCAGAGGCAAUCAUAUCAAGAUUCCUGAAAACUUCUUCAGCUAUUACCCCAAGGCAGUGGCGGUGAUUGGGCCAAGCAGCUCUGAGCAGACUGCCAUAUCUGCAUCUCUACUGAGCACAUUCUUGAUCCCCCAGAUCAGCUACGGGGCAACCAGCACCACAUUAAGUGAGAAGAAGGAAUACCCCUCAUUCCUGCGCACGAUCCCGAGUGACAAGUACCAGGUUCAGACGAUUGUGAUGCUGCUGAAGAAGUUUGAGUGGUCUUGGAUCUCCGUGAUUGGCAGUGACAAUGACUAUGGUUUGCAGGGGGUGCAGAUGCUGGAGGAUUUGGUCACUGAAGAGGAAAUCUGCAUCGCCCAGAAGGAUGUUGUGCCCAUUUCAGCCCAAGCUGAAGACAGCAUCAUGCAGAAUAUGGUGCUGUCCCUCAUCAAGUUGGGAGCCAAGGUGGUGAUUGUCUUCUGUACUAGAAAUCAGGCCCACGUCUUCUUUAAGGCAGUGGUGCUGGGGAACGUGACUGACAGAGUGUGGCUAGCCACAGAAGACUGGUCCAUCUCCAGUUACAUCACACAGGUGUCUGGCAUUUCAAGGAUUGGGACGGUGAUUGGGGUAGCUAUCCCGCAGAGACAGAUCCCUGGAUUAAAGGAGUUUGAAGAGGCCUACACCCAGGCUAAGAAGACCUCAGAGUCAUCAGCUGAUCCUGCCCAGGAUGGAGACCAUCAGAUCUGUAAUCAGCAUCUGUUUUUUACAACAGAUAUGAAUAAUGAGCUGAGUGCAUUUUCCAUGAGUUCAGCCUACAAUGUGUACGCUGCUGUGUAUGCUGUGGCCCACGGGCUGCACCAGCUCCUGGGCUGCUCUUCAGGAGUCUGCACCACAGGCAAGAUCUAUCCUUGGCAGCUGCUGGAGGAGAUCAAGAAGGUGGAUUUCAUGCUGCUUGGAAACUCUGUGUCCUUUAAUGAAAAUGGAGAUCCGUUCAGUGGAUAUGAUAUUGUUACAUGGGACUGGAAUGGCCCUAACUGGACCUUCAAAGUCAUUGGAGCUUCCACAGGGGACCCAGUUCACUUGGAAAUAGAUCAGACUAAAAUCCACUGGUACAAAGGGAAAAAACAGGUGCCUCGGUCAGUGUGCUCCGAGGACUGUCUAGCAGGAGAGGCACGGAGGAUAGUGGGACUGCACCACUGCUGCUUUGAAUGUGUGCCCUGUCCAGCUGGGACCUUCCUCAACAGCAGCGACCACUACCUUUGCCAUCCAUGUCAGAAAGAAGAAUGGUCCCCAGAGGGCAGCCAGACAUGCUUCAACCGCACCAUUGAGUUCCUCGCCUGGCACCAUCCAGUCUCCUUGGUGCUCAUGGGGGCUAACACACUGCUGCUACUCCUGUUGGCAGGGGUGGCCAGCCUCUUUGCCUGGCACCUGGACACCCCAGUGGUGAGAUCGGCUGGGGGCAGGAUGUGCUUCCUCAUGCUGGGUUCGCUGGCAGGAGCUGGCUGUAGCCCUUACUGCUUCCUUGGGGAGCCAACGCCACUCACCUGCCUGCUGCGGCAGUCUCUCUUUGCCCUGGGCUUUGCCAUCUUCCUAUCCUGCUUAACCAUCCGCUCCUUCCAGCUGGUGGUCAUCUUCAAGUUGUCAGCCAAGAUGCCCACCCUCUACCAUUCCUGGGUGCAGCACCAUGGGCCCAAGAUCUUUGUGGUUAUGAGCUCGAUUAUCCAGCUUCUCAUAUGUAUCAUGUGGCUGGUGGCUUGGACCCCCCGGCCCACCAAGGAGUAUAAGCGGUUCCCAGAGCUGGUGGUGCUGGAGUGUUCCAAGAAUAGCUCUCCAGGUUAUCUGCUGAGCAUUCUCUACACGUGGCUACUCUCAGUUAGCUGUUUCGCCUGUAGCUAUAUGGGCAAGGAUCUUCCUGAAAACUACAACGAGGCCAAAUGCAUCACCUUCAGCCUCCUCCUCUACUUUAUUUCCUGGACUGGCCUCGCCACCACUUAUAGUGUCUACCGUGGCAAAUACCUGCCAGCCAUCGAUGCGCUGGUCAUCAUGAGCAGCCUCAGUGGAGUUUUCAGUGGCUACUUCCUCCCCAAGUGCUACAUCAUCCUCUGCCGCCCAGACCUCAACACCACUGAGUAUUUCCAGGCCUCUAUCCAUGAUUACACACAGCGCUGCAGCUCCCCCUGA